AACCCCACACCACCAUAUAUCCUUUUUCUUCCACUCUCUUUACUAAAAUCUAAUCUUCCUUUUUCAUUAACUUGAUCUCACCAAGGUUUGUUUUCUUCAAAAUCUUCAAACCCCAUCUUCAAAGUUUCAAACUUUAUAUCAUUUUUUCAUAGAUCUAGUGAUUCCAGCCACGGAGUUCCCAAGUCAAGCUGGAGAAGGAUCUGCCUCUUCCCAAAAAAAAAUGGGAAGAGGUAAGAUUGAAAUAAAAAGAAUUGAAAAUACUACAAAUCGUCAAGUCACCUUUUGUAAGAGAAGAAAUGGAUUGCUCAAAAAAGCUUAUGAAUUGUCUGUUCUUUGUGAUGCUGAAGUUGCUCUCAUCGUCUUCUCUACUCGUGGCCGUCUCUAUGAAUAUGCAAAUAAUAGUGUUAGAGGAACGAUUGAGAGGUACAAGAAAGCAUUUGCUGACUCUUCCAAUUCCGGAUUAUCAGUUGCGGAAGCUAAUGUACAGUUUUACCAGCAAGAAGCCUCCAAGUUAAAGAGACAGAUUAGGGAAAUUCAGAACUCAAACAGGCAUAUUCUGGGAGAAGCACUCAGCUCAUUAUCAUUAAAGGACCUCAAAAGUCUGGAGGGCAGAUUGGAGAGAGGAAUCAGCAAAGUUAGGGCUAAAAAGAACGAAACCUUGUGUGCAGAGAUGGAAUUCAUGCAAAAAAGGGAAAUGGAGCUUCAGAACCACAAUAACUAUCUGCGAGCACAGAUUGCCGAACACGAAAGAAUACAACAACAGCAACAACAACAACAAACGAACAUGAUGCAAAGGGCAACAUAUGAGACAGUGGGAGGACAAUACGAUGAUCAGAAUAGAAGUUAUGGGGCUGUGGGGCUUAUGGAUUCCGACACUCAUUACGCCCAUCAAGACCAUCUCACUGCCCUUCAGCUUGUUUAAAUUUUAUAACCCAAAAAAAAGAAGAAAAAAAAAAAAAGAGAGAUUAAAGCUGCCUUUUUUCUUUUUUCUUUUUUUUUUUUUUUAAAAAAAUUGUUGUUGUUGUUAUUAUUAUUUCCGAUCUGCAAUUACCCAGGAUGUCAAAUAAUACUGCCUUUUGAAGGUCCCUGCUUCUGGCUGAGAUAAUUCUCAUGGUAUUUAUUUGUGUAGUGUUAUAUAUUAUGGUACAAUCAAAUGACUGAACAUAGACUUC